AUGCCCUUGGUUUGGAAUCUUCCAAAUCUGAAGGACUUCCUCGCCAGCAACUGCAGCAUUCCACAACAGACGCUGCUCUCCUUCCCCCAGUCUAAGUCCCUCGCCAAUCUGGACCUGAGUCAGAACAAUUUCUGGGGUUAUAUUUCCGCCUCUCAGUUCACUGACAGCCCCAACCUCGUCAACCUCAACCUUGCCAACAACGCACUGCAGGAUUCCGUCCCUCCUGAGAUCAACCAGGCAGCCAACCUGCAAUCCCUCUUCCUCUCAGGCAAUCGCCUCACGGGCAGGCUGCCAGACCUGUCAGGCCUCAGCAAGGCAGUGUCUCUCUCCUUUUACGACAACCUCCUCACUGGCCCUCUCCCCCGCCUCAACCGCUCCGACAUCACGCUGCAGCUAUACGGCAACCCGCUCUGCUCGCCCUACACUCCCGACAAGCAAGCCCCCUGCUCCCCACCAGCCGACCUCACGCAGUACACUGCACCCUCCUUCUGCCAGGGCUUCGCCUGUGAGGGCGACCUCUACAGCCCCAGCAUGCCGCUCUUUCAGCAGUCCAGCCUCUGCAUCUGCGUGUCGCCACUGCGCGCUGACGUGGCGCUCUACCUGUCGUCCUACGUGGUGUUUAAUCAAGCGCUUGUGGACCGGCUCGAGGAGAUUCUGUUUCAGGAGCUGGUCGGCGGCAAGUUUGGGCUCAAUAUCACCAAGUCGCAGGUGCUAAUCUCAGCAAUCAAGUCCCCUUCAUCUCUCCCCUCCCUCGCCUCCACCUUUGCAUCGGACCACACCACACACGAGUCCACCACCACCGUCUCAAUCCUCUUCUUCCCUCCGGUCGGGGACGACAGCUGGUACCCGCGCGACCUCCCAAAGGGCAUCAAGCAGGCGCUCUCGCUGCGUAACACCGACCCCACGCAGCAGAUGAACCUCAGCGAGUUUGGCUCCAUUCUCUCUGUGCACUUCCACGGCCCUGCGCCCUACAAUCCUCCAGCGCAGCAAUCGUCGUCUGGGCUGAGCACUGGUGCCAUCGUGGCCAUCUCUGUGUGCUCCGCUGCCGUUGCCAUCGCCCUCAUUGUGGCUCUGCUCAUGCGCCCCUGGGCGAGACGAGGGUGGAGCAAUGCGGAUUACGAGGCACUGGAGGGCAUCAACCUGCAGCAUGCGCGGCGCUACUCCCUGUGGCAACUAGCAGAGGCGACUCAUGGCUUUGAUGACUCGGCGGUUCUGGGAGAGGGAGGAUUCGGAACGGUGUAUCGGGGAGUGCUGAACGGUGAGCCGGUGGCGAUCAAGAAGGCGAAUGAGAAGCGGCGGCAUGACGGGGUGGAUUUCAAGAACGAGAUCGAGAUGCUGACGGCGGUGUCGCACGGCAACCUCGUGAAGCUCACCGGCUUCUGUGUGGAGAAGGACGAGCAGCUGCUCGUGUUCGAAUUCAUGGAGGGGGGGGCGCUGGACGCCUGGAUCAAAGGAAAGACGGGGCGCGUUUUAUCAUGGAAGGAGAGGAUGCGGAUUGCUCUUGAUGCCGCUAGUGCGCUGCACUACUUGCACAAGGAGAUGAGGCCCGGCAUCAUCCACCGCGAUAUCAAGCCGGCCAACAUUCUGCUGACAGCAUCGCUGGAAGCCAAGGUGGCGGACUUUGGCAUUUCCAAGUCGCUGCCAGAAAAGGGAGAGCUGGUGCAGGAGGAAAUCAUCGGCAGCAAGGGCUACAUCGACCCACACUUUGCGGUGUCGGAGGUGCUGACGGAGCGCAGUGACGUGUUCAGCUUCGGGGUGGUGCUGCUGCAGCUGGCCACGGGGCAGCCGCCCGUCAUUCAGGGAGUGCCGCUCAGCCAGGUCGUAUCUGCGCUGCGCAGCAUCAGGGACCAUCUCCGGGCGCUACCUGGGGGAGGCGCUGCUGCUGACAGCUCACUUCCCCACCAUGCUGGCAGUGCAGCAGCAGCAGGUGCAGGUGCAGGUGCUGGUGCUGCUGGUAGUGUGGGGCCUGCAGGAGCUAUCCCUAGUGGCGCCAAUGGUUACAACGCACCUGCUGGUAACCAGCGAGCUUCAGCAGCAGCAGGGUUCAGCCCAGGGGGGAGAUCUCCUGAGACUGGGCUCACAGGGGCACCGUCUAGUAUGACCACUCUGUGGAACCCCAUGGGGGAUUCUUCGUCCGGUCAACCCGGGUCAAACUGGUCAAACCUGGGUGAGGAGCAGACGACGUUGAUGGACGGGUAUGGCGACACGGGCACACAGAACCAAACCUUGACAGGGCCGCGUGCCCGAUAG